GUCUGGCCAGCACCGCACAAAUUGCGUGGAGAGUGAGGAAGUGGCAGGUCUGCAGGCAGCACGGAACCCCUCAGCGAGACAGAAGACCAGAGGAAUCAGGAUAUGGUCAACUAACUGUUUCCAAGGUGUGGGAAAAAGGAAGAAUUUGGGCAAGUGCCUCAAGAGAGAAGAAUAGAAAGUACAUUUUGAGGGUAUUUUAUCUGGACAGUGCAUUUCUUUAAUAUGUCAUGCGGGGCCCUCCUUGCCUAAGCCAGAGCCGUGUGAUGACAGAGACUGGGGAAGAAGAGAAUGUGUCAGCAGAAGCCUCAGGGUUCUCAGACAUGAGUGACUCAGAGUUCCUAGAGAUUUUGGACCUGGAAGAUGGCAAAGAAUCAAGUGCUUUACUUAGCAAGCCUGGGCCUUCUUCUGAACUCUCUGGGAAGGAUGACAAGCCUAUGUGCUUGCCAAACUGGAAAAGAGGAUUGGAUGUCUUGUCACCUAUGGAAAGAUUUCAUCUAAAAUAUUUGAAUGUCACUGAUCUGUCUACUCAGAACUGGUGUGAAUUGCAAAUGGUAUAUGGGAAGGAGCUUCCUGGGUUUUUGACACCUGAGAAGGCAGAUGUUUUGGACACUGGUGCCAGCAUCCAUCUGGCUAGAGAACUAGAACUUCAUGACCUUGUGACUGUCCCCAUCACUGCUAAAGAAGAUGCUUGGGCAAUUAAGUUUCUAAAUAUACUGACAAUGAUUCCUAGCCUGCAAUCAGAAGGCUGCAUUAGAGAAUUUCCAGUGUUUGGGGAAGUGGAGGGUGUGUUUCUUGUUGGUGUGAUUGAUGAGUUGCACUAUACAACCAAGGGAGAACUGGAACUGACUGAACUCAAGACACGUAAGCGCCCUUUGCUUCCUCUGGAUGCUCAGAAAAAGAAAGACUGUUUUCAAGUAAGCUUAUACAAAUAUAUCUUUGAUGCCAUGGUGCAAGGGAAAGUGACCCCAUCUAGCCUAAUCCACCAUACAAAAUUGUGUCCAGACAAACCACUGGGGCCUCCUGUGCUGAGGCAUGCCCAGCAGGAAGGCUUCUCUGUGAAGUCUUUGGGUGACCUCAUAGAACUGGUCUUCUUGUCUCUCACACUGUCUGACCUUCCAGUUAUUGAUAUCCUAAAGAUUGAAUAUAUCCACCAAGAGACUGCCACUGUGCUAGGUACAGAAAUUGUAGCCUUUGAGGAGAAGGCAGUGAGAGACAAGGUACAGCAUUAUAUAGCCUAUUGGAUGGGCCACCGAGAGCCUCAAGGGGUUGAUGUGGAAGAGGCUUGGAAGUGUCGUACGUGCAACUUUACAGACAUCUGUGAGUGGAAGAAAGGUGGGGGAGUACUUGGUUCUACACUGGAGCUGCAGACCAAAAAAGCCAAGUAAAUAGAAGUUAUGCUUUCAGAAAUUCUUAUCUUUCCUACUCCUAAUGUACCUGAGUAAAAAAGGACUAGUCUUUGAGCUUGGCUUUCACGGGUAUUGUUCUUACUUUUUGUAUUCUGAACUGUCUAAUCUACCGAAAUCUAGACUGCAAAGCUCAGGGAUGAAUGGGAAAGAUCAGGGGUUAUAAUGUCCCUGGAGCUUUGACAAGGAUUAUUAAGAAGAUAAAUGGCCAAUGACUGGAGCAGAAGUAUCUUUCAACAAAUGUCUUCCUAAGAAAAUUGUUGUCGUUCUGAUAAAUUUUUUUCAUAAUCAAGACUUUCUACAUUUUGUAUAGUAAAAUGAAAUGCUGUCCAGGA